GUACAAUAUAGGACUCAAGGGUUCAGUUUGGGAGGAGGUAGACGCUACACAUAGAGAUAUCGGAACUGCCAGAUUAACCAUACGGCAAUGCCGCGAACACGGAAAUCCAGUUGCAGGAUGGGUGUCGUCUUUUCGUUCCUUCUACUGCCUCUGAGCCCUUACAUCGGAGAACGCGAGUAAAUACUGUUUAUAGCUAGGUUCCGUAUUGUCUGUAUAUUACUCACGAUAGUUCCCUUGCGUUGGUAGUACUCAGAGUUUCGCGGACAAGAAAGGCUACUGUUUCAAUUCAACUGGACGUCUUGAUUAUACUACCUUUCAUUUAUACGCAUAGGAUGGCGGAUAAUUACGCAGCUAUUCUCAUCAGGCAAAUGAGACGGCCUCUCGAUGUAGACGAGGUCGAACCGCGGUUCCCUGAUGAAGAUGAGAUCGUCAUCAAGAACGCCGCCGUGUCAAUAAACCCUAUCGACGCCGCCAUGCAGGAUGGGUACGUGACCAACAUGACCACCCCAGGAAUCUUAGGGGUGGACGUAGCUGGCGAAGUUGUCGAAGUCGGCUCCCAGAUCAACCGAUUCAACGUCGGUGAUCGUGUCAUGGGCCACGCCCUUCGCCUGGCAACCGACGACGACCGUCACGCCGGCUUUCAGAAUUACACUGUCCUGUGGUCGAACAUGGCAUGUCCCAUCCCACCAAACUUGUCUUAUGAGGAUGCCUCUACUAUGCCACUGGGUAUCUCUACUGCCGCUUCGGCGCUUUUCCAAGAUAUAUCGCUUGGCCUCGAGCCUCCUGUCUCAUACCCUCCUUCUCGAGAUGAAUGGGUCAUCAUCGCGGGCGCGACAGGAAAUGUUGGUAGUCAUGGUGUACGACUCGCAUCCGCCGCUGGGUAUAAGGUGAUAGCCACGGCCUCGACCUCGGCGUUCGAUCUCGCGAGGAAGCUCGGCGCGACCGAGCUAGUAGACUACAAGGACAAGAACCUAGCCGACACGCUAGUAGAAAAGCUGUCCGGUAAAAGAGUCGCUGGAGCUUUCGACGCAAGCGGUAUCAGUUCAUCAAUCAUAGCAUUAGCCAACGCAGUCGCCAGGAGCGAAGGCAAGAAAGUAGUCUCCUCAGUCUCAGACGACUACCCCUCGAAAGCUAUUCCUAGCGUAGUCAGGGUAGAGUUCAUUUUUGCAAUCGACAUUCGCGACAAACCCGCUAGUAAGAGAGUCUGGGAAGACUUCCUGCCGGACGCCCUCGCGACUGGCCAGUAUUUUACACCAUAUCCUCGGGCGCGUAUCUUUGGAGAUGGACUUGGCGUAAUUCAGGCUGCUAUGGACAACGAAGGAGAUCGCGAAAAGAAGGCACCGGCAGGACAGAAGGCUGUGGUGACGCUCAAUUAGAUUCAUAUAUUAAGAUAAUAUCUAGCGUAUAUAUACAAGUCUAAAUACGUAUCUAGACAACA